AAUCUGCCAGGAAUGAUAAGCCAGCCUCGCAAGCGGCCGAGGAAGAGUGUGCAGCUAUCUUCGCAGCAUGGCGGACGACUGCGACUGCCACGACGGUGUGCAAUGUCCCCCAACGAUGUCCAGGACUGCGAUGGUUCUGAGUCCGAGGACGACAUUCUCUGGGUGGUUGGUCGCCGGCGGAUGUGCCAGAUCCGGCAGGUCCACGGCGUGGGAAAUGACGGCCAAGGGGCCUUAGGAGGUCCGGAGCACAAAGCAAGCCCAAGUUUGGCCUCUCGCUCUCGUUCCACGCCCUGUCUCUCUCCUGCUUCCCACUUCAAGUCUUUCAUCGACUCCAAAGGCGGCAUUCCUUGGUUGAAAGCCAUGCUUGCUGCCCCAGCAGUCGAUAUCACCUUUGACGACGACAACUGGCUUCCGCCACAAUCAGGUCCAAGACUCUACCGCGCUGCCAGCGUAGGCAACAGCUGGGGAGUCACCUCUAUAGGCCGCGGAUUCGACUGGAAGGACGACGAACCAGUUGUCUCACUAUCUGAGCCCGAGCCGCGAAUACAGCAAGAACCUCGUCCAGGUUGGGCAAGCGCGUCUACCUUCUUGAGGAGUGAUUCCACCGAGGGGCUAUCCUCUCAAGUCCAGUCUCCAAAACCGCUACCCGCUGUGUCUAGCUCCCUUAUUAUUGCCCGCGGUCCUCUCAAUCGUUCGCCAGUACAGUCCCGCCCGGCUUCUCCACUAUCAAUACCUCCUAGCGGACGUUCCAGUUCCUAUCCGUCUAUACAAUCGGGCACUCCGCAUUCCCCUUCAUCUUCUCGUGCUUCUCCAGUUCCUCGCACCCGUCGACGUUCUUCUCAGCAGCGCGUUUCGACAAUAGCUGGCCGUGUAUCAAUUAUUCCUGUUGAGCCGCCGUCUCCGCCACCCACACCACCUCAGAAACUGGUACGUACAAACAGUACUGCCAGUUUUCUAAGCGCGGCGAGUAGCGUCGAGCCACCAACUCCAGGUGCCGAUCGAACAUCGUGGCAUUCAGGCGAACGUAGUAUAUCAGAAUUCGUGAUCGAACGGGAGAUAGGUAGAGGUGCAUAUGGCCUUGUAAAACGUGCACGAGAGAUGAAUGAAGAUGGUAGUUUAGGACCACCUUUGAUCAUCAAGCAGAUCAUUAAGUCUCGCAUCCUGGCUGACUGUUGGAAACGACACCCCAAGUUUGGCACUAUUCCAAUCGAGAUUUAUGUGAUGUCUGCUAUUUCUUCGACACGCUACGUUCUGCCUCCGCGAAGACCGUGGCAUCCAACUCGCGCAGACCCCGCAGCCUUAUCAGAAGAUAAGUGGAUAGAGGGCAAGACAGUCUACGGACAUCCAAACAUCUGUCCACUGAUAGACUUCUUCGAGGAUAAUCAUUACUAUUACUUGAUUCUUCCUUGCACAACGCCGGAACCACAACCAGAUCAGCCUCCACCUCCAUCCGACUUGUUUGAUCUUGUGGAGACUUAUCCGAAUGGACUGCCUCCCCGUCUAAUCAGAAGCUAUCUCGGUCAAAUGGCUGACGCAUUGUGCUUCUUGCACGCCAAGGGUAUCGUACACCGCGAUAUCAAGGAUGAGAAUGUCGUUCUCGGGCCAGCGGGCAAAUGCGUUCUCAUCGACUUCGGCAGCGCGGGGUUGGUAAAGAAGGGUGGGUGGGACACUUUCAGCGGCACACUUGACUAUGCGGGCCCCGAGAUUCUGCGGGGAGAACGAUAUCAGGGCAAAGAACAAGAUGUCUGGGCCUUUGGUGUUGUUGCAUAUGUUAUGCUCGUCGGCGAAUGUCCUUUUACUACGGCUGCUGAAGCUCAGGAGGGUCUUGAAUCGCCCUUUUCUACUGCCUCCAUGGCGCUUGACGAGCGCUGUCUAGAGGGAAAAGAGGAAGAAGAAGAAGCUGAUGGAGGCGGCAUUCUUGCCGACGCUUCAGCGCUCGUCCGCGCAUGUCUGCGAGUGGAGGUUGCUGCACGUCCUACUUUUGAGAAGAUUUUGCAGUGUAGAUUUUUGAGUGGUGGGGACGGCUGGGGCUUUCAUUAGCUCGCUCGUAGCUGCAGACCGCAGUGUUCGUGUUUUGGUGUGUACCCUUGAUCCUUUCAUCUCACACUGCAGGUAGAGAUUCCAUUGACACUUUCCACUGGUACCAGCUGUCUUAUCAGAUGUCUUUGCGUUAUUUCAAGGUUGCCUCGUUGUUAUUAUCUCUCUCCAUCCAGCAUUCCUCCCCGCAUUUCCAUAACGUGUCUUUUUAUCUCCAUCAUCCAUCCUUGUCUGAACGCAUCGCUAUCUAUACUAAUCGCCACAGUUGUAUUCUUACUUCACGUAGUAUUGACUACGAGUCUGUUAGCCAUAGCAUCUGUUGUAGAAUAUACACAAUGUCAUACAUGUUCAUUGCUCAAAAUUUCCUUG